AACCCAACAAUAAGAAUUGCCUUUAUUUUAAAUGAGGAAACUAGCUGAGCUGGGACUCGCCCCACGUAGGUGGCCCCAGAGCAGCUGCCCUUAACAAUCCCCUUGGGGUUCUAACAUUCCCUUUAGUGACGCACAGAUUGCAGGCUGGAGAAACGAAUAUCCCCGCACCCUCGACACUGGGGUGUUAGCUGGCAAGAGCCCCGCCCUGAUGGGCAGUACCCCGGGUGAGAGGCGGGGCUUGCAGCCGCGGGAAUCCUAAGCCCGCCCCUUUCCCCACCCCUCUGUUUCUCGCCAUGACCCAUGCACUGUUCCUCGUCCCGGCUGCCCUCGCCUCUUUCAUUCUGGCCUUUGGCACCGGAGUGGAGUUCGUGCGCUUUACCUCCCUUCGGCCACUUCUUGGAGGGAUCGAGGAGUUUGGUGAUCCGGAUGCCCGUCAGGGAUGGCUGGCUGCCCUGCAGGACCAGAGUGUCCUUACCUCCCUGGCUUGGGAUCUGGCACUCCUGCUCCUAUUUGUUGGGCAGCACAGCUUCAUGGCAACUGAGACAAUGAAGGCAUGGAUUUCCCGGUACUUUGGAGUCCUUCAGAGGUCUGUGUAUGUGGCAUGCACUGCCCUGGCCUUACAGAUGGUGAUGCGGUACUGGGAGUCCAUACCCAGAGGCCCUGUGUUGUGGGAGGCUCGGGCUGAGCCCUGGGUCACCUGGGUGCCCCUCCUCUGCUUUGUGCUCCACAUCAUUUCCUGGCUCCUCAUCUUCAGCAUCCUUCUUGUCUUUGACUACGCUGAGCUCAUGGGCCUCAAACAGGUGUACUACCAUGUGCUGGGGCUGGGUGAGCCUCUGGCAUUGAAGUCUCCCCGGGCUCUGAGGCUCUUUUCCCAUCUGCGUCACCCAGUGUGUGUGGAACUGCUGAUGGUGCUGUGGGUGGUCCCCACCUUGAGCAUAGACCGCCUCCUCCUUGCUUUCCUCCUUACCCUCUACCUAGGUCUGGCUCAUGGACUUGACCAGCAAGACCUCGGAUACUUGAGGGUUCAGCUACAAAGAAAACUCCACCUGCUCUCCCGGCCCCAGGAUGGGGAGGCAGAGUGAAGAGCUAACUCUAUUUCCAAGCCCUGUCACUUCUCCCCCUCAAAUUCAAAUUCAUUAACAUCAGACAGGGGUUAAACUCUAGGAACUUUAGAGGCUGUCCCUGUCACUGCUAAGACUUCCUUCCCCAGAUCCACCUCCAUACCCUAAAUUUAAAAUGACAGCCACUAGACUUUAAGGUCCAUUUCUCACCAGCCAAGAAGGGAUGUGCAGCUCAUCUACCUCCUCACUGUUUAGGAUCUGACCCCCUACUGCCCUUACAAGGAAAAGGGUCUUCCCUGACCACUCCUCUGGCAUUGCCCCUCAUCUCUGUCCCUCAGGGACCCCCUUCUCCAUCUCCAGGCUCCACUCCAAGAAUCUGGGUCAGAAUCUAUCAAAGUCAUAUGUGGCUGCCCAUCUUCACUUCAGCGAUGCCUCUCCACCCCUGCCCGACUUUCUCCACAGCCUCAGGCCCGCCCCAGGGCUCCAUCCCCACGCCUAGUGGAAGGGAUUCUCCCACUCUUAACUCUGGUAACCUCUGGGCUUCCUGAUCUCCCGAGGAACAUUCGCUGCAGGAAAAUAAAAUUCA